AUUCUCCCCCUCCCCCAAAUCUACUCCUCUUGAUCACGCCCAGGCCCGUCUGACUUGUCAGACGCUGAUUCGAGUCUGGGGAGUUGCAGCCUGGGGAAUAAGUGUGAAGGAUUGGUAUCAUUAUUAUUAGAGCCACGAGUUUAAAAAGACCUUCCGCUAGCAAGGAUAAUUUUCUCGUGAAAGCUUCCAAAAAGUCAUGGCAGCUGCUCAACUUCCGACGGGUAGUAUCUCUACCGGGCUACCGGCAAAUGAGGAAGUCCAAGAAUAUGAGAAGAUUCUGAAAAUAAGUGACGAUAUCUUUACUGGAACUCACCCUAGACUGAAGGUUCCCCAGCAGUUUGUGCGCAAACCCGCGCCGCGCAAUCCCCCUGCCUCAACUCAAACUCAGGUAAAAACGAUUGAGCGGCCUGGGUCUUCCACAUGGAAUGCGCCGCAACCCGUUCCAACGCCAUCAAAGCCCUCGAGCGCGUUGGGUACAACUGCCCCUGAUGGUCUGUCUAGCACGACCGGAUCCUCACGUAUCGUACCAAAACCUACUUCUGAAAUUGACCCUAUCUUCCUGACCAAGUCGGAUGACCUAGUCAGAGCAGAAUUACAGUUACAGCGACAGAGGGUGGAAAGGAUUUUACGGGAACAACUUGAGCAAAAGAGACAAGAGUCAAGGCAAAAAGCCUCCAUACAGGACGCGAAACCUGACUUCGAUGUUUCUGAUGUAUUAAAUAAGGCCUUCGAGAUGGUCAAGCCUUCUCCCUCAAUUGAUGGCCCUGGUGCUGGAGCGCCUAGUGACUCGUUUGACGAGAAUUCGUUCUACUCUAGUAGAGCCCCUGACUCCCCGCAGCAGGGCGACCAACAGAAACCAUCAUCUGCGCCUCCCUCUAACUCCGAUGAACCUGCCCCUGAGGUUCCAGCAGAGAAUUAUUCAGAUGAGUUGCAACGGCUUGAAGCCCUCAACCGAACUGAGUCGGAUCAGGAUAUGCAAGAUACUUACCUGGUUGCAGACCGCAGAAUGCCCUACCAGAAACAGCCACGUCCUGCCGAGGCAGUCUUCACACCUCACACGUACCAAGAACCUCAACCAACGGACGCGUUCGAAGAGCCGGAAUACUCCCCACCAGCCCCGGGCGUGCCCCCAAUGGAAAGGGGAGAUAACCAUGAUAUCCCGCGAGGUUACCCCAACGGACCCAAGAGACGGGGUCCAGACACUCGACAGCCUGACCGUGCCCGUUAUGCCAAUGGACCGAACUCCCCCGGAGACGAUGUAAGGGUUGUGCGAAACCAUAUAACAUCACCGGUAGCGCCGCGGCCAUCCAGGGUUUCUCCUUUAGCCAUUGCCAAGGUUCCCUCAGUCCACCAGCACAAAGUCUCACGUCCAGAGUACGGCACGGAACAUCAGGCAAGUCCCGAUGCUCCACCCCAACAGUUGAUGCCCAGAAAGCGCAGGAGGCUGCAUGAGGAAAGAGACCGGACUCGCCCGAUCUCGUAUAGAAUGCAAGCCGGAGCCCCUGAAGAGACGUACAUCAAGGAGGAGCCAGUUUCGCCACCGCCGUUCGCGGACACUUCUCCGGCAUACCGUAGUCGUCCACCUCAGGAAAGACCGAUCUACAUUGAUGUCGCAUCUCCCCGCUACACACCGGUAAUAGAAAGGAGGGAGCCCCCGAUAAGAGACCCUGCAUAUGAGGUGGACGCUUAUGAUAUCCGUGGUGACUCCGGGAUCGCGCGAACCGUGUCACGGCUGAGUACCAGACGACCGAUCCGUGAUGACCAAGAUCUGCGGAGAGUUGCGAGUCUCCAUCAAGCUCGGCAACCUGAAUAUUCUCGUGAAUACAUUGACCAAACUAGUCCCCAUGCUAUGCGAGCUGCGUCGUACGCUAUUGUUGAGCAUCCACCGCCAGACAGAACGAGGUAUUAUGACGAGAUCGUACCAACUCCAACACGACGCUAUAUUCCGGCCGGGAAUUCCCCGAGUUCACCACGAUAUCAAGAGGCAUACUAUGAUGAGGGACCUCCAAGCCGUAUCAUGGCGCCUCCGACGCGGAGAAUUGUGAUCGACGAGCAGGGAAACCAAUACUAUGAAACGGUGCCAGCGCCGAGGAUGCAGGCAAUGCCUCCUCCAUCUAGCCGUAUGCCCAUACCGAGAAGCGAGGUCUAUGACGACCACCAGCCGGUACGCUAUGCGAGUGUUCGGGCCCCAUCAGUUCUUGAGGAUCCGUACGCUAGUCGGAGGUACGUUCAGGAUAUGCCGCCUCCACAAGGGGCCUAUCGGCGAGUCGCCGACUUCGCUCGGCCUGCGCCGAGCGAACGACGGCCUUAUGCGGCACCAUUUGAUGAGCGGGAAGCCCUGCCACGCAGCGCCAGUGUUCAGGUCACCGACUAUUCCACCCGACGCCCGCCUUAUAUCGAAGAGACGGAGCUCCCGCGCGAGAGGAUCGUCAGAAUGCCUAGUGUGCGACCACCAACCACUCGGUACGAUGAACCGCGGGAAGUAAUCCAGCGCGUAGAAAGCGUCCGACCAGCCGGCAGAGAUGUGAGCGUAUAUAUGGAUGAAGACCCACGACGGCCUAGAGAAUACGUUGAGCGGCCCGUCUAUAUUUCUGCGCGGCCUGCAGCUCGAGAAGAACGCUACUACGACAGCGGUGAACCCGAGAGGGUGGUGAUCGAUGGAAGCGUCCAUCGAGUUCCUCAACGCUACUGAAGGUGAAGGCUCUUCCCAUUCGGAGAGCAUGAUCUUCCAAAAGCCUUUGAUUUCGCGACAUUUGUUCCUUGCAGUAAUUCUCAUGUACAGAGCACGGUUUUCCUACUAUUCAGGCAGACCAUCUGAUGCAUUUCCCUUGUACAUUCCACAUUGGUUUCUCUGCAUGACAGGGGUGAACGCCCGAUCACCACAGCCACUCGCGUCAGGCAUAUCAGUACAGUUUAGAAGACGACGUCCUAAUGAACAUGAAAUAUUCAUCCUUUGCGAGAGUCGGAUACAUUUCUUAGAAGGUCGUCUAGUCCUGAACCGGAUCCCUGUACAGCAAAAGCAAUGGAGGUGUAUGGAAGCACCAGCUAUGUAUCGAGUGUUUAAUAUAAUGCGUAAUUUACCUGAAGGAGCAACAAAACAGAUCAUCAUAUAUGGGUAUAUAUGUACAUAAGCAAACCAUGUGAAGGCGGUGGAGACGGGCGGUCGAUAUCCAACAUCAGGUCGAAAGUACUAGCACGUAGCACAAACACAGUCUUCAACUCUCAGGUGGAGUGAGUAAGAGCUAAGCUCCUUGGGA